CUCACUGUGUGACUAUAGCAGCUCAAUGUGAAGUCUAAAAACUCAGAUCAGCAUCCACCAUGUUAGGAGCAGAGGGAAAGAGGCACAGGCAGAGUGAUGCAGAGAGAGAAGAGGGAUACGAAGCUAGUUUGCAUGUGUGUGUGAGGGAGAGAGAGAGGACAUCAGCAGAUGGCAUCAGUGUCUGUGAGGCUGCAACAAGAAGAAGACGCUAGCAGGAGAAAGAGGGAGGAGAACGUGUUUGUCGAGAUACUUGGAGGCUUCAGGACGAUACCUUUUAAAAUUGAACAACAGAGCCAGGACAGCAUGCUGACUUUGCCAUUUGAUGAACAGUCCUCCAAUCAAACCAUCAGUUCAGUAAGGAUGAGUUGGACCUCUAACAAAUUAGUCAAAUUGAUUAAGCCAGAGAUUGACAGAGCCCCAGAGGAAAGCCUUGAUACCAGGAGGGAGGAUGAACUGAGGGAUGUUGAAGUGAAGGAGGAGGAAAGUGAAGCAGGAGAUCCAGCUUGGCUCAGAAGAAGGGCUUCUCAAAAGAAGAAACUGAGCCACUCUCGCCUGGACCGGGUUCGACUACGACGGAUUGAAGCAAAUGCGCGGGAAAGACACCGUAUGCAUGGACUUAACAAUGCAUUGGACAGCCUGAGAAAGGUGGUUCCCUGUUAUUCCAAGACACAAAAGCUGUCCAAAAUAGAAACCCUCCGCUUGGCCAAGAACUACAUCUGGCUUCUCAGUGAGAUCCUGAGCACUGGCAAAAGGCUGGACUUGCUCACAUUCGUUCAGACUCUGUGCAAAGGUCUCUCUCAGCCAACCACUAACCUUGUCGCUGGCUGUCUCCAGCUCAACACCUGCAGCCUCAUCUCACAACCCGACGAGGAGUCGUUGUCUCUGUACGCAGCCUAUGAUCACCAUCCUGGUCCCGAGGCUGGGGGCUCCACCACAGCGGGUAGCGGUAGGUCUCUGCGGCCCUUUGGCUCUUUCUGCAGCCCCUUUGAGUCUGUAAACGACAGUUCCUCUCCAGACAGUUCUGGUUCUCUGGAUAUGGGGACUCUCAGCCCACCCUUCAACUUCAGUGGGCUUUUCACCCUCAAACACGAGGAACCGGUCGACUACCGAAGUUGUCACAAUGGUCUCCGCUAUUGUCCCAUCAAUCAGGCCUCCAGCUCAGACCUUGGUCCCUAUGACAUCCAACUCCGGGGACAGUUUUACCAGGUGCAGGGGGAAUUAAACAAGCCUUUCCAUAAUUAAUAAACAGCAUAUAAAUGGAUGAGUUCUUAAGAAGUUCAGUAGUGCCAACAAUAACAGGGAAAAAGCUAGGGUUUGUUGGAGCGCAUGAUGAGAAAGCAGUAAGUCAUCUUCACCGAACUGUCUGCGGACGACAACCUGUAAUGUGACAGACACAGACGGACACACACACAAGGAAAACAUGCAGAGUCCCAUAAUAAUAAUAAUAAUAAUAAUAAUAAUAAUCUGUUAGCUACAUAAUGACUUUUUCUUCUUGUGGGCCAAAUCGCUGAAGGUUUUACCCAAAACACAUGAAUACUUUUAAAAUAUCAGGGCAUUUAUCCAGAACUUUGCUCCCUGAAACUACAUUUAAAUUGAAUGCACAGCCGUUUCCAUGGUGUUUUUGCUGCAGCUGUCAUGCUGGAUGAACAGAACAAAUGUGGUGUGAUAUUGUGAUCCUCUCUGUUUUGCUUUACGUAGUAAAUUAUUAUAAGGAUGUCAAAUGCAUUUUGUGUGUUUCUGUAACUCCACUUUGUUUGUUUUAGCAGCUGCUGGGUGAAUGUUCGAUGGUGAGCUGUUGUUCUGCAUUACAUCUUUACCACAUUUGUCACAGCUUUGUUUUCACUGACAUGAUGAAAAUAAUGUUCUGCUGAUAACAACAAGUCUCUGUUUCAUUAAUAAUGUUUGGAUUCAUUGUGUUACACAAUGAUGAAAGUGUCAGUGUUUCAGCAGCUUUCCAGAGCUGACCUCAGGCAGGUAUAUACUGUGUACAUGGACGUGUAUGCUAUGUUGAACUAUGUGUACUAUUUACUAUCAUUUAAAGUCUUAUUAUGUUCCUUGUGAUUGAUGUUGUGAUUUGGCACUGUGUUAAAUGUAAUUAAUUUGGCCCAAAUAAAUGUAAGAACAAUA